AUUAAAUCAUCUUAAAUCUUAACUUGCCUACACACAUUCACAAUUCUCUUUUAGAAUCCAACUUCACUCCACUUUGAUUUUAGAAAGCAAUUUUUGAAAUGCUCAGUUCGUCAUGGAACAGAUUGAAAGGUAGCUCCUGAGUCAGUGAGACUGCAGAUCCAAAAAGCGAUCGCAUUCCGCCAAGUUCAUCAGCCAAUGGAUCGGGUCAUCAAAGCUGCCAGAAGCUCCGGUUCUCUCAACCUCUCAAAUCGCUCUCUGAGGGAAGUGCCAGAUGAGGUAUAUAAGAGUACGAGUGCAGUUGGGGACGAUGAGAAAUGGUGGGAGGCUGUGGAGCUACAGAAGCUCAUUAUAGCUCAUAACAAUAUUGAAUUACUGAAAGAUGAGCUCAGAAAUUUGCCUCUGUUAACUGUGUUGAAUGUCAGCCACAACAAGCUUUCCGAACUUCCGGCUGCGAUUGGGGAGCUUACCAUGCUGAAAUCGUUAGAUGUAUCGUUCAACUCAAUUCAGCGACUGCCCGAGGAAAUUGGGUCAGCAAUUUCCCUUGUCAAAUUUGAUUGUUCGAACAAUCAGCUGAGAGAACUCCCAAGCUCACUUGGAAGAUGCUCAGAUCUAUCAGAAUUCAAGGUGUCAAAUAAUAUUAUAAUCAGCUUGCCAGAAGAUCUGGCGAACUGUUCAAAAUUGAUGAAAUUAGACAUGGAGGGUAACAAGCUAACAAUCUUAUCCGAGAAAUUGGUUGGAUCGUGGACCAAGCUUACAGAACUCAAUGCAUCUAAAAAUCUGCUGGGUGGAAUACCAGAGAAUAUUGGAGGUCUUUCUCGUCUCAUUCGUCUUGACCUUCAUCAGAACAAAAUUUCAUCAAUCCCAGUUUCAAUCAUGGGCUGCUCUUCUCUUGCGGAGAUCUAUAUGGGGAACAAUGCAUUGUCUACCUUACCGGCUGAGAUGAGCGCACUUUCUCAUCUAGGAACUUUAGAUCUUCAAUCCAACCAGUUAAAGGAGUAUCCAGUGGAGGCAUGUAAAUUGCGUCUUUCUUUGUUGAAUCUCUCAAACAAUUCAUUGUCUGGAUUGCCCCCAGAAUUGGGAAAGAUGACUACGCUGCGGAAACUUUUGCUCACCGGAAAUCCAAUACGAACUCUUCGUAGCACAUUGGUUUCAGGAUCAACUCCUACUCUACUGAAGUAUCUUCGAAGUAGACUUUCUGAGAAUGAAGAUGCUGAAGGUACAAGUACAAGAAAAGAGGACGUGAUUGCCAUGGCAGCUCGACUAUCUAUCGCUUCAAAGGAACUUUCGAUGGAAGGGGUGGGUUUGAGUGCUGUCCCAUCAGAGGUAUGGGAGUCGACUGAGCUCAUGAAGGUUGAUCUUUCUAGGAAUUCCAUCCAAGAGCUCCCAGUUGAACUUUCAUCAUGUAUCAACCUUCAGACAUUAAUUUUAUCCAGGAACAAGAUUACAGACUGGCCAGGUGCAAUUUUACAGUCGCUUCCUAAUCUUUUGUGUUUGAAGCUGGACAAUAAUCCCCUAAGACAGAUUCCACCAGAUGGAUUUCAAGCAGCCCCUAUGCUUCAGAUUCUAGAUCUAAGUGGUAACGUGGCUUCAUUGCCAGAGCAUCCUGCAUUUUCUAGCUUACCACAUUUGCAGGAGCUUUACCUGAGACGAAUGCAGCUGAGAGAAGUUCCAUCGGAAGUCUUGAGUUUGCAGCAACUGCGGAUCCUUGACUUAAGCCAAAAUUCCCUCCAAUCGGUUCCAGUGGAGUUCAAAAAUCUUACUUCACUCACUGAGCUGGGCCUAUCUGACAAUAACAUAUCGACGCUUCCCCCGGAGUUGGGGUUGCUUGAGCCUAGCUUACAAGCCUUGAGACUUGAUGGGAAUCCAUUAAGAAGCAUCCGGAGGACGGUUUUAGAUAGAGGAACCAAAGCUGUUCUGCAAUAUCUCAAGGACAAAAUUGUUGAAGACUAGCAUCUUUUGCAUUCGCUCCCUUCUUGUCCAGAUUCGUUCCACUCUUUUCAUGUGACCAAGAUCUUGAUCUGAAGACCGCAACACUUGUACUGCUCGGUGUAUCGCAGCUUUGUAUCAUUUGAGUGUAUGAUUAGUAUUCUUCACUUUCGGAUGCCCGCCAAAUUAAAUUCCAGAUCAAUUGUAUGUUUGUUUGUUUGUUUGUUUUUUGGGUGUUGUCGUUGGAGCUUUCGUUGGACCUUGACUUGUGGGUGCAUGUGAAUUUUACCAAUACACACAUUUUAAUUUUUACAGAUAAAUAAUAUUAUUGACAGCGGAGUAUAUAU